CCAUGCUCUUGGGAUGGAAGAUGGAAGAAUUUCUGAUUCCCAAAUCACAGCUUCUUCACACUUUCGUGCGGGCCUGUCACCACAUAACGGAAGYCUGAACAAGGUCGGUUGUUGGUGUUCAUGGUCGAGUGSCCAGCCCGCAGCUGGUGAAUAUUUACAGGUUGAUUUAGGCACAAACAAUACCAUCUGUAAGGUCGCUACUCAAGGGAGGGAGAGUUCAGCUCAGUGGGUAACUACCUAUUUCCUGCACUACAGCAAUGAUCGAAGAACAUGGACUACGUACAGUCUAAAUGAUGACGAGAAAGGAAAGGUCUUCGAAGGAAACAGCGACUCCUCGACGGUCGUGUGUCAUAAUCUACAACCACCUUUCUAUGCUAGAUGCGUUCGGUUUGUUGUGAAAACGUUUCGUGGUUGGCCAAGCAUGAGAGUUGAGCUGUAUAGUUGCAAAUAAUUAUUUAUCGAUUCACUGCUCAAUUAUCGUACUUGGGCAAGUAACAACCAACUUCUGCAAGACCUACAAUUAGAAUAUGACCUCAUGCACCAAACUGCACUAACAAGCACCAUGUAAGGAUAACGUGGAUAUGAAUUUAUGAAAUGAAUUUUACAUCGAAUGGCUAAAAUCAAUUAAAAUUUAGCAUUCA